AUGUUCGACUUCGAUGAGCUAGAAGAGGCUGCGGAGAGAUGCCAGGCUUUCAGGUCUUUACUCGGCUUUUGGAGCUCAGGCAGCGGCGCCAGACGCUUAGUGCAGGGGGCGCACCUUGUGAAGACGGGUUCCUCUGGCCGAAGCUCCUUGGAGAUGCUCCCUGAAGCGCCGGCUUUGGCCGAAGCUCAGGGCCCUGCGCGGGAGCCUGCCGAGGCAGGCGAACCGGGUUCAGCGGAGACUGGGCAAGAGACGAGGGCGAAGGAAGUUGAGGCUCCAGAUCGACCAGAACCUGCUCAGGAACCUGCUCAGGGACCUGCUCAGGGACCUGCUCAGGGACCUGCUCAGGAACCUGCUCAGGAACCUGCUCAGGAACCUGCUCAGGAACCUGCUCAGGAACUUGCGGAACCUGAGCCCCCAGUUGCCCAGGAGCCCGUCCAGGCAGUGCGACCUCAGGGCGAAGCACCGAAUGCGAAGUAUUCGCCAGGGAUGUUCCUGGAGUGCGUGAGCACUGUGCUGAUGAGGCAGCACGAGGACCUGGACAGCCCGCAGCUGGCGCGGCUGCCAGCAUCGACGCUGGUGGAGGUCCUAGAACUGGGCAGCGGCUUUACCGGGAAGCGCAUCAAAGUGCGUGCCCAGGGCGAAGAAGGCUGGGUCAGCGUCGUGGCAGCCAACUCGGCGGCCAUGUUCCGCCGAGCCGAGCGGCCCGAGCCGGCGCCGGCGCCCGCGCCGGAGACGGCUGCCGAGAAACCAUGGUCCAGCAUUCAACCCGGGGACACUUGCAUUUGCAAGACCACGGUGGUGAUGCGUACAGCGGAGAGUACUGACAGCGACAUGGUGCGGCGCCUGGAGCGCGGCGCUGAGCUGGAGAUCCUGGCCGGCGAGUGUCGGCGUUUCAGGGCCAAAGACUCCCAGGGCACCAAGGGCUGGAUCAGCGCCUUCAGCGCGGAUGGGGCGACGCUGCUGGAGGUGACGCAGCGUGGCAACCAGAGCCUUUACGUCGGUGCCGGGCAGGCACUGGGUGGCAAUAAGGCAGCAGAGGAGGACCCGCGCAAGGCGGCGCUCGCGGCAGCGGAGCGGCGCCAGGCCUCGGCACUGAGCCGCGGGGUGGGGGAGAAGGCGGCCAAGAACCUGCAGGAGACCGAGAAGCGCCAGGCGCUGCUCAAGAAGCUUGCAGAGGUCUAUGGUCGCAGGAAAGAGGAUGUGCCGCUGCACCUGCAAAGUGCCAGCCUCGAGGCCUUGCAGAAGCACCUUGCAAACGAAGAAAGCCGCGCGCAGGAACCUGCGCGCCCGGCAGAAACGCCGCAAGCCAGGCCGCAGCCAGUGCAACCAGCCAUGGAGAGCUUCAACCCGCCGGCCCGCCAGGCCGGGGUUCCCGCCGCCAGCGCCAGCGCUUUGAGCUCCAGGCCCGACCCGAAGCGUGAGGCCGCGCGAGAGCGGGGCUUGGCGGAGGGGGAGAUCCAGGCGGUCUACGACCUGGAGGCCAUGGGCUUCGACUUCUUCCAGGCGCUGCAGAGCUACUGCGCCUCCGGGCGCAACCAGGAGCUCGCGGCCAACUUGCUGCUUGAGGGCCAGGAGCCGGCGAUGGAGCCGAUGGGCGAGCCCCUCAUGGGGCAGCCGAUUCUGAGGCCGCUGCCACCGGCGUUUCCGGGCCCCGCGCUCAAUGAGUCGCAACUGGGCCUCAGCGCGCUGGACAAGCAGAAGCUUCAGCGCAUCAUGGAGCUUGGCUUUGACCGGCCCACGGCCGUGAAGGCCCUUUGGAGCUGCAAUCUGAACGAAGAAGAAGCUGGAAACCGACUCCUGGCCUGAAGCCCGCGACUGAGAUGGGUCUUUCGCCUGGCUUUUCUCGAGGCGGGGUUUCCAGGCGCGCAAGGACCAUCUCGCAAAGCCACAAGCGAACAAAUUUCACAGGCAUCCCGGGGAGGCUCACACAGGAGUCCAACUGCCGAGC